AUUCGCCUGCACGGAGAGUCUCAGUUCCAUGCUCCUUCCUCUCCGUUCUUGUAAGAGGAAUCUGUGCAGCGAUUCAUGGGGAGUUGAGCAUUUCUCACUCUAGCACAUGAUUGUAUAGAAUCAUCAUAUGCUAGGACAUUGGGGGUUACUUCAGGACUAGCUUGAACCUCUGGAUAUUUCCUGCUCUCAGCAUCUUGUUGUCACGUUUUCUGUUGUUCAAGAAUGGGCUGGCCUUGAUUCUAAACCGGAUUUUUUACCGGAGGAUAUGGAGCUUUCUGCCAGCGAACUCAGCAUUUAUGAUAAACUCUCAGAGACCAUUGACUUGGUGAGACAAACUGGUUAUCAGUGUGGCAUGUCUGAAAAGGCCAUUGAGAAAUUCAUCAGACAACUCUUGGAAAAAAAUGAGCCCCAAAGGGGACCCCCACGUUACCCUCUUUUGAUGAUUCUCUAUCAGGGCCUCUUUACCCUGGGGUUAGUUUUACUAACUGCUUAUUUCAUGAUGCAUCCACAUACCCUUUCGCCGCCUGAAAUGACGCUCUCCAGAGCCCAUGCCUGGGGCUCCCUCAUUAGUCAUAUCCGGCUGUUGCCUUUACCCAUUACCAAGAAGUAUAUGCUGGACAAGUGUCAAGAAUGGUGGGGCUUAGAUUGCAGACGGAAUGUUUCUCUGGCUGCCAAUUGCUCCUGCUGCUGUUCCAUGAAAAACCUUGUGGCCACCGCUGACCAAGGGGAGCUAUCAGAAAGACUCCUGCAACCUCAACCUCUUUUGAUCAAGACAGGACAGUAUCGGUCUUAUACUGAAAUGAGGCAUUUUCAGUUUCUGAACCCUGAAUUGACAGAUUUUAUAAUACAGGAGGAUUUAGCUGAGGUAUGGAGCAGUCAUCCAAGGCAAGGACUUCCAUUUCACAUUUUCCGGCAAAACCCUCUGAAUAAAACUCAGAUUCUGCAGGAGAUUUUCCCCAUCUUCUCUUCACUGCUGUUUCCAAAGACUAUUUCUCUGAAAAGCUGUUUUCUUAUCCACCAUCCAAGGCUUCAGGAUAAGACGUACAAGCUGCAGAGUGCCUUUGUGGUCGGAAGUGGUCAGCUUACCUUGAAUGUUAUCCCUUCUUUGAUGUGUAGAGAACAGUGCAAAACAUUUAUAGUGGAGCUGGAAGCUGGGGAUAUAGGUUUUGCAAAUGUGGAUUAUUGGACAACAAGCUUUAACUCCAGGGGAUCAGAACCUACUGUUGUUUGUGAUGGAUCUGCCAUUUAAAAAGUGUGUGAGAGGAGCUCACUGCUGAAUAAGAAGACCUGGGAUCCAAGGCAAAGGAAACUGAGUACAAAAGAGAUAAGGAUUGUUAGCCACAAUUUCCAGGGAUGUGUUUUUCCCGCUGUUGUGCACAUAUGCAGUGAAGGAAGCCAUACACUUUGCAAGGGCAUUUUCUAUUGAACUUCAAGAUAACUUUGGCCUUUCCCUUGAACGUCUUGAUAGGAAUUGGAAGAGCCCUCUCUCUCUCUAUUUUUGGGUAGAUUUUUUCUUGAAAGCAGAUGGGUUUUGGUGGUAGGGGGAUGGAAUGUCCUUUUUACACUACAGUUGGAAUUUUCACUAAAUAUCUCUUUCUAGCCAUCCUGGGAGGUAAUGUAAGGACUGCUGAUUGGUAUGUCUCUGAAUCAUUUCUGCAAAAGUGGCAAACCACUGACAUGUCAUCUGAGGCUCAGGGACAUAAAUGUCCCAUGGAGAUGGAGUUUGCUCACAUCUUAGUUCUUUGUUAGUUUGGGUAAUAAGAAUUUUACCAACAGCUGCAAAACUUUUUUUCACCUAGCCACGUUGUGAUGACUUAUUGCAAUAUUCAGCCGUUCUUUCCAGUUGUGUGUUUUUUUAAAAUCGCUACGUCUUUCUCCCUAACAAAACACUGGUUAUCCUUCAACGUGUAUGGGAGGAGAGAUGGACUCUACAUGUCCCCCCCCCAUCUUUCUUCACUAAUGUUAGUAUAUGUGUUCUUGCUGUUUCCCUGGUCUGGGUCAGUUUAAUGCCAAUUCCAAGAUUUUUUCAAAGUGACUAAUAUCACACCAAGCAGCCAAAUGUGCUAGGAGGCCGUCUUUUUUUUUUUUUACCUUUCAGAACAUGCUAAGUGCUACUCUUCUGAAAACAAGGCAUUUUUUAGUUGUCUAGAUUGAAUUACUUUGGUCUCCUUUGAUCAUGGCCACCUGAGCCUAGGAAACUCUGGAAGACUAAAGCUUUACAUGCAAAUGUUGCUUGAAUACUGUCCAGCUCUUGUUUCAAAGAUGCUGAUGUGUGGAUGCUUUUGUGGGCAAGAUUGGAGCAAGCCAAUUGUUAAAAGCUUGUGCCAUUUAUAUGCUUGACCUCUUCCCAAUCCUGUGUUUUGUUAGUGUGUCCUUGUGUCUUAAUUCAUGCCUUUGAAUGCAUGGUGAUUAUUCUUGAGCUCCUUCCAAGCUUUGUGUAUUUCCUCUUGCUGCUGGUGGUCUCAUCUGUCUAGUGCCUUUAGAGAGGAUCAGUUUCAAACAUGUGCUAUCUACAUUUAUUGUAGUGUUUCCCAGGAGUGACUCUUUUAGGUUCUUGCUAUGUUAAUAUAAUUUGCAGAUGUGUAAAGUUGAGGUCAGAGUCCAGUAAUGAGGGAUAGGGCAUACAUGUUUUAUGUGCUAUUGGGGAUUCUUUUGUUUCAAACAAGUUAAUAUAACUUUCCAAAUGAGAACCAAAAAAUUGUUCAUUAUAAAUGUAGGUCAAUUUUUCAGAAGGGAUUUGAACAAUCUCUCUAUCUGUGUUAGAAAAUUUAGGUGGGAUAUAUUAAUUGUAUGACGAUAGCAAGUUAGGAGUCAGGGUCCCAUCCUACUGGAAGCUGUGCAGAUACACAAAUUGCAUGUGCCCCACCCUGUUUUUAACCAUGUAUAUUCUGUUUUGCAAACAUGCAAAACUGAUUAGUGACCUGUAGUGAGAGACUAGCUUAUGACAAUGUAAUUAGGUGUAUGUGUGUUAAAAGAUGAGUGUAUAAAUUAGUGGCAGCGUUAUGGAGGCUUGGACUUUUGGAGGGUUGUCAUUUAAUCUGCUUCAUUAUUCAGCAUUUCCCAUAACCAGAUGGCUGACUUUUUUUGUUCCUCUUCCGUUCCUGUAUAAUGAAACUUUUGUACUUUUUAUAAACCAGCUUGAUUCUGCAAAGGAAAGCAACAAUUGUACAUUAGAGCCAAGUGUCAUAUUAAAUAGGUAUGUGAUAAUAGCAGGUUCAGUAGGAGAAACAUGUUUGCUUUUUCAUUCAUAUUAAACAAAAUAAGAGGAAGUUAAACAGGAUAUCACAAUCAUAAAACUAAUUAAGACACAGGCUUCAAUCCUAUCACAUUUACCUGGGAGUAAACCCUAUUGAACUCAGUUGGACUUCUGUAUAGACAUAUAUUGCUACAAGAUUGCUUGGUUAAAUUGGGCAAUGUAUGAAAGACUGCAUUCUACAUAAGUUAAGAGAAGCUUCAUGACACCUCUGUUUACUCUGGCUUUUCUGCUGCUGCGAUUUACACUUUGAAGCUAGCAGGUUUCUGAGUUCUUAAGUAUCUGUCAACCAAGGUUUAUUGUAGAUCUACACAGAGAAUACAGUUCAACCUGAACUGUGGUGUGUUGAAAUUCUUUGUUUUUCAUACAAGUCAUGCAAAUAGAAACAAAUCGAAAGCAGAAUUUCAAAUGACUAAGACAAAGAUUGAACAAAACUCAUAUGCACAAAGGUUUGAUAGUGAAAUGCCUAUGUUUUAGGGAAUUGUGUUUGGGAUGCUUACUACUGAAUAGUUGGCAGAGGGCAGGGGAGAAUCAGUCUUUCAGUCAACUCAGGCUCUCUAGAGAGCAAUAUUUUUAAAGGCCAGUUUAUAUAUGUGCUGCACAAGUUUUCCCAUAAAAACGGUUUCUCUCUCUCUCUCCCUCUCCCAAAUGCUGAUCAGCAAAUAGUCUUUUGGACAGAAGAUAAUGAAUCUGUCCUGCUUAUGGACUGUCUUUCCAUGUGCACUUUGUCUUUGCAUAGGUUUCCAGAUCUGUGUCUAGGAGGUGCUGUGCACGUGUCCAAACCUCAUUCCCUCUGGAGUUUACAUCAUUUGUUUUCAAAUUUUCAGUACAUUUUCUCCUUCUCUUUCACAAGCUGUAAGGAAUUAAAAGAAGUAAUUGCCCAACAGGAAUCAGAGCUCCAAGUUCUCUGAUUUUCAGCUGAUUAAGAGCAUUUAAUUAGAUCCAAGUUGUUCUUGUCUGGUUUUGGAAUGCAAACCACCAUUCUGAAGCAUGUUUUAGCACCUGUCCCCAUCCUUUUCUAUCAUGACCAGAGAAGUUAUGGUGUUAUUCCUUCUCUUAUGGUUGAACAGUAUGGAAAGGAAACUACCCAGAUCAAGUUUGUUGUGAACCAAAAUUUAGAGCCUAUGACUAAUUAUCUCACACAGAUGGUAUUAAGAGUCAGAACUCUGUUCAGCAGACAAGUCACUCUUAACAAAACAAGAACAAAACCCUCCUCAAAGCCAUUGGUGUUUGUGAUGCAGAAUCAGAAUAUAAUACUUUCUAAAAGUUGUGCAGCAGGCAUGAGUUGAAAAUCCUAGGAAGUUGGACAAAUUCCAAAUGUUGUUACUAUUUGUAAUGAAAUGUCCUGGUGACACAUUUUUAGAGCAUCUCAACAAUGAAUAAAUGCAAGUAUUGGCUCUUACAAUUUUUCACACCUCUGGAAUCCUAUAUAUUGCAUGCCAUUGAUUCUUUCCUGCCCAAAAUGUUUUGGGUUCCCUCUGUGAUCUUAAGUAAUAUAUCUUGGCCUGCUCUACUCUUUGCAUCUUUUGAAGACGCAAGCUGUCUCUUCUGCUGUGCUGCAAUAUUUACAGAGAUCAAUGACUGUCUGAACUCACAGCACAUUCCUAAAUCCUGUGACUGGAAUCACAAGGAGGGGCUCAUCAUGGUGCCACGGGUUGGCAGGCUUAGUUGUUAAAGUUGGCAAGCUGAGAAGUAAAGCUCAUCUGCCUGUUUCUUAGUAAUUUUUUUCCUUAUGAGCAAAUCAGAUUGCCUUGGUUGAAUUGAACUGAUGUGACAUAAUGUCAGGAAGAGGUGAAUGGGAUGGAGAGAAGCUUAUUGGUCAUAACGCAUUCAAAUAGAAGCUUGCCCAGCUGCUUAGGCACAUCCACUUCCAUGGCCAUAUAUUGUUCAAAUUGCCAAAUAAAAUUUUCCAAAAUGGCAACUGUCAGACUUCAGUUUUAAAAAGCCAUGGGCAACUUUUCUAAAGCAAAGUGGAACCGGGAGCCAAGCUGCUUUCUCAGUCUUUUUUCACAAUUAUAGGGAGAGCACAACUCUUCCUGAUGCAGAAUGGGGGAAGAUACUGACUGUGUGUUUUUUAGUCUCUGGAGAGUUUAGAUUUGAAAGGAAAGGGGCAAGCCAAUUUCAGCAAGACUGUUCUUAUGAAUUGGGCUUGUGGGAUUAGGCCUUCCUGGAGCAACUAUUUUGCCAGAAUAUGAGCAUCCUUACUAUUCAUCAGCUGCCACUGCAGACCUUGGGCACUCAGUACUCACAAAGGCCAAAUCACAAGUGUCAAGAAAUUCAGCUGCUUUGUAGCCAGUGAAUGGAAGGCAUUUGCAUAUCAGAGUAUUGGACUCUUUUUCUUUGUAUAUUUUAUGUAGGGAAAUAUAUAGUUCAGGGAAGACUGAAAAUGAUGGGUUUUAAAAAGAGAACUAUAUAAUUUGCUCUUUCAUUGAAUGUGGGAAAUGCUGGGCUUUCCUGUUGCUUUUGAGACUUGAACAAAUGACUUUAAUUUUUUUAAACAUUGUCUGUUCAGGGAAUAUGGCUAAAAUGGCUCACUGUUAUUCAUUAUAAUGGCUCAGGGGUAACAGGGAAAGUGAGUGUACAUAAAUAUACACUAACAAUUUUGGACAAGCGUAUACACUAAAUUAUGGAACUUUUUUCAUAUGAAAGAAUGUAAAUAUGCAGUUUAUGCAGUUUUAUGAAUAAUUAUAGAUUAAUAUAUUGCAACCUUUUGUAAAUACUUGGGAAAUGUCUGUAAAGAGUAUAAGUCGGAUUUGUAUGUUUGGGGAUGAGAGGGGUCAGUUUCUACCUUUUGCAGUUAAAUACAGCUGUUGAUGCACUUUU